GGGUAUAAAUACAGCAGUUCUCCAUGAUCCCCUCCAGAGUGAAUUCCUUCAACUCAGCCACUUACGGGUGAAGAACAAUCAGCAGCUGCUUAACAUGAAGCUGUUCGUGGUCCUCAUGCUGACUGCCCUCCCACUUUACUGCUAUGCAGGUUCUGGCUGCCAGCUUCUGGAGGAUGCAGUAGAUAAAACCAUCGAUCCAGAAGUGUCUGUGGAUGAAUACACAGAAUAUCUUGCCCCAUACAUCCACUCAGAUGAUACUAAAGAGGCCGUCGAAGAGUUCAAACAGUGCUUCCUCAGCCAGAGCAAUGAGACCCUGGCCAACGUUAAUGUCAUGGUGCAUGCAAUAUACGACAGCGUGUACUGUGCCCCUUUUUAACCGUCACAAGACCAUCGGCUCAGAGGAAUCCAGAUGAUGAUCUCUAACCAUCCCCAGACUGCAAUCAACCACAACUUCCUUUUUUAAUUUUCACUUUGAUUAGUAAUUUGCAAGACAAUUGUUGAAGCCUGAAGUACAGUCAAUUUCAAUAAAAUCUUUGCAAAAAGC